UCAUUAUGAAUUCUACACCCUUCUGCAUGAGGCCCUCCUCCAGAAGUAGUUGUCCCCACUCCUGCUCUGUCACCACUGCUGAAUCCCCCACAGAGGAAGCCUGCUGACACUGACCUUUUGGAACAACCUUCUAAAAGCGCACUUUGUCAUCCUUGGAAGAAGCCUGUAUUAGUUCCCUAGAACAACAACAAAAUACCACAAACGUAUGACUUAAAUGACCAAAAACUCAUGUUUCGCAGAUCUGGAGGCUUGAAGUCCAAAGUUAAGCUUGCUGCUGAAAGAAGCUUGUGAUAGAAAGAAGCUAGUGGGAGGUGGCCCAAGUGCAACUGGGCAGUGCUUACUAAGUUGCAACCUACUCAAAGCCAGCUGCAUCCCUGGUUCAAGAGGGGUCCAGAUCCUGGCUCUCAGUCAUGAUGAGGAGAAGCUUCCAGGUGGCAGCUAGACUUGGACACCACAAAGCCCUACUCAGGACCCCCUGUGUCCUGCCCAAACUCGGCUCUGCCUCAGCAUUUGGAUCCUCCACCAACUCCCUGGUCUCAAGAUUUUGUCCAGAGCAGACAGACUUGAAGGAUUAUGCCCUUCCCAAUGCCAGCUGGUGUCCAGACAUGCUGAGCUUGUACCAAGAAUUUCUGGAGAAGACCAAAUCAGACGGCUGGGUCAAACUACCCUCCUUCAAGUCCAACAGAGACCACAUUCAAGGGCUAAAGCUCCCAUUCGGGUUGGUAGUUACCUCAGAUAAAAGUGACUGGCGCAUCUUCACCAGGUGCAUCCAAGUGGAAGGACAAGGCUACGAGUACGUCAUCUUUUUCCACCCAUUCAAGAAGAAGUCAGUCUGUCUUUUCCAACCAGGCCCCUACCUGGAGGGGGCUCCCGGGUUUGCUCAUGGAGGGUCCCUAGCAGCCAUAAUGGAUGAGACCUUUUCUAAAACUGCCUACCUGGCUGGAGAGGGGCUGUUCACACUAAGUCUCAAUAUCAGCUUCAAAAAUUUGAUCCCUGUAGGCUCUCUGGCUGUACUGAAUGUCCAAGUGGAAAAGAUUGAAGACCAGAAGAUGUACAUAUCUUGCAUCACCCAGAGCAGAGACCAACAGACAGUCUACGCCAAGUCUUCAGGUGUUUUCCUUCAGAUGCAACUGGAAGAAGAAUCAUCCCCUUAGUAGUCACUAUGUCAGCCCUGAUGACCCUGCCUACUGGGGACCCACAUUAGAGCAGGAAGGGUGCCCAGGAAACAAGUGGCAGAUGAAGGAGAGGGCACUUUCUCUGAGUAAAUAAACUCUCACUGCCCCAUGCUCA